AAUUACUUCUCCCAUCUUUUUCUGCUCUGUUUUCUUAAAAAUGAUGAAAAUGCUUGUGGAGAUGGGUGUUUAUGACCAUAAAUCCAUGGAGAAAAUCGUGAAGAGUGUUGGUUGCUUACCCGGGUACAUGCCUUAUAUGGAUUUGAAAGAAGGGACACUAAUCGUGAUUGGAGAUGGUGAUCCUGUGCAGAUCGUUGCCAAACUCAGAAAGAAAUGGGGAAAAGCCAAUUUGACAUUAUUUGUACCUUGUGAGAUUAGAGAAGUGAGGGAACGUGAAGCUCUGUUUAGAUCUAACUUCGAAAUUUGUGUUCCUACUCCUCAUUCUGAUCAUAUGGUCAAUGAUCACAAGCUAGGUUGUGUCAUUUGCUAGAGUUGCAAGAAAAAAAGAAAAACAGACAUAAAGGUAAUUUACUAUUUGGAUUUGCUGGAAUAAUAAGUUCAUCUUGAUUACUGUCUAAAGACAAUUAUACUGAUGAAUGAGGAUGAGUUAAAGUUGAACGUGGAUACUUUUAUUUCACCUUUAUUUUAGCUGUGUUUGCUUGAGUAAUUGUUUGCUCUUGAAUCAAUUCACUAA